UAAGUGCGGCAAGAUGACGAGAAGACAUUUUUGCAAAUUGGCUUAAAUAAGGUUAACAAGUUUAGAUCUGAAAUUUAGAAAGCGGCAACGUAAAAGUCAUGUAUAUCAUUAGUCGAACCAAAAUCUGUCGCGGUAUAGGUGAAUUCCUAGCUUUAUUCGAAGGAGUCAGCGGAAGUAAACACGUGUUGUUCGUGUCAAAGGCGCUGGUUAGCUUUCCCCUGCGCAGCUGAGUCCACUUUAAUUCAGAUGUCAGCCAAAGUUACAAGGCGCCCGGGGGUCGGUGUUGGGGUCGUGGUGACUGACGCCGCCCAUCCAGGCUGCGUCCUCCUGGGAAAAAGGAAGAGCGAAAUGGGGAACGGAAGACACCAGCUCCCCGGUGGCCAUCUGGAGUUCGGGGAGACCUGGGAAGAGUGCACUCGCAGGGAGGUGCUGGAAGAAGCGGGAAUUCAUUUGGUGAAUGUUCACUUCGCGUCGGUGGUGAACUCCAUCAAACUGGACGAGCAGUACCACUAUGUCACCAUCAUCAUGCAGGGAGACCUGGACCAUCAGCACUCGCAGGAGCCCCGGAACCUUGAACCGGAGAAGAAUGAGGGUUGGACUUGGACCCAGUGGGACCAGUUCCCUCCAGAGGAGCAGCUCUUCCUGCCUCUGGCAGGUCUGAGACAGCAAGGUUUCCAGCCAUUCAAGAGGGCAGACAUCAACGGUGACACAUGAAAGUAACAGGAAGAGCUGGAGAUUUUACUUCCAACUCAUACUGUGACCGCUGGCCAAGGCAUGUCAGUUAGGGCGAUCAUAUAUUUCCUUUGAUAUUGAUAUUUACAUGAUUAAAAUAAAGUUUUUCUUUGAACAAAAUGAAAUAUUUGGCUGAUCACAACCGUAAGCCGAUUUAUACAGAAUGCUAGAUGAAAAUAGUCACACUGGCUUCUGAUGCUCGCCUCCGGCAAGAUAUGCUUCUGAACACUUACCCGAGGGAAACACAU